AGAGGAGCCAGUGUCUGUUACCACCUCCACUCUGCAUAACCAAACAUGUUCACCUCUGUGGCGUUGAUGUGUAUGCUGGUGGCCGUAGGUGUGGCUCUCCCAGGUGGCUACCAACCCUCAUACAACGUGCCCAUUCCUUACACCUUCAACUAUGGGGUCACCGCCGGCAACAACAACUUCGGCCAACACGAGAGUGGUGACGGACGCAACGUCAGGGGCAAGUACUAUGUGCACCUUCCCGACGGCCGAGUACAGACAGUGGGUUACCGGGCUGACGGCAGCGGCUUCCAUCCCACCGUGAGCUACCAAGGCACCGCUAGUCAUCCCGGCUAUGGUUAUGGCUACCACUAACGCUCAAGCACGUCCAGCCAGCACCUCCAGCCUUUACCCACCAUCACCAAACAUUAAACAAUGCUUUCUUUGACUCACUGGAUACACUAUUAUUAGAUAAUUUAUUUUUCCUGACCAUGCUUAACGUAUACCAGCACACAUGAAUCAUUGAGGGUUUUUAAUCAUUGUGGGUCAAAUAUUUUACCAAGCAAGGGUGACCAGGCCAAACGAGUCAUUGAGCUUUACCCCGCCCUGCACGGCCUCACUCACGCUCUUUUACACCAGGUUUUGACUGUAUAUUAUCAAGCUGUUAAUAAAUUUAUAGAGCAAACUAUGUUUUACUGGAUAGUUAAUUUUACAGCAG